CUGACCUCUUCCUCCUUCCUCCCUCUGCAUUAUGGGAGCGCGCGGUUUAAAAACAGAGGUAUUUACGACUCAGCACUCUCCUCUAGAGUUCCUGGAGCUCCGCAAACAUGUGGGACAGGCGGAGUGACACCACCAGCUCAGUUUAAACAUAGACGGGUUGGCUAUCUGGCUAUUUUGUAUCGGGGUCCACCUGUCUGUCUGCGCACCUGCCUGUCUGUCUGUCUGUGUUGUGCAGUUAGAAGUAGGCCUGAAUAUUUUUGAGGGAUCUUUGUUUCUUGGAUGUGAAAAUACUCUGUUCAGAGUCCAAUUCUUGAAUAAAUAGUCCUUUUCUAAUCUAAAGACACUGUAAACAAAUCACAGUUUGAUCAUAUUUAUAUUUUAUGUUCUCCACACUACACUCCAACAGUGGUAGUAAUUGAAGUACUGGUAGUGAUGCAGUAUCUAUUGUCAUGUCAUUUAUUCACCGUUUCAGCAGUGCAAAAACAGUGGUCUGUCGCCAUCUACUGGUCAAGAUGAGCAGUCAGCCAACUUUGAGCCACAGGUGUCCUCAAUGAAGCAGCUUCAUGUGGCCAAACAAAGAGGAGAGCAGAGGAAAGACACUGCAGAUCUGUGCAAAGAUCAACUGCCAAGAUUUGUAUGCUGGACUCGCAGUUUUAGCCAGGAGAAGGUCAGACAUGACAGACAGGUUUUUAGAAAUUCGUCGAGAAAGUGGUCACAGUGGAAAUUACAUCCCAUCGGGGCGCCAGCUCCCCAGGACUCCUCCGUUACCGGAUGUAAAGAGACACCUGGAUUUUUCUAGUGACACGGACUGUGAGAACAUGGAGCCCGGUGCUGCAGCUCAACAUGACAGCAGCACGUUUGAUUUCAUCGUAGCAGAGACAAAAACAGAACCAGAUGAUCACUCCAUGCUGAAAGGGAUGACGGGGUAUCAACUGACACCGAGUGACUUGGAGUUUAUAGAGAAGAUGCAAGAAGACAAAAUUAUCAGAAAACUACAGAGGGACCUGGAAGAGGUGCAGAGGUUGUUACAGAUGGAAAAGAUGGCCGCAGAGCUGGUCCAUGCCUCCAGGGAGAAAGCACAGGCCGAACUCAGCAAGUUCCCUUCCUGUGAAGAGCUCACUGAGUGGGUGACGGCGGUCCUCCAAACGACGUCGCCAUCCACUGAGUUAACGGACGUGGACGCCAAGUCUCUCCUGUCCGUGGUGACGCAAGAAGACAUCCAGAGAGCCGUGGACAAGAAGAGGGCUGAGCUCGCUCGGCUGGGCAAGAUGGUGGCAAACAAGAGGAAGAGGGAGGCUGAAGAGAGAGAGCGGCUUGAAAAGCAAAUAGUCAGCGAGCAGCUGAAGACUCAGCGGUUGAUGAGCCAGUUAUCUGACCUGAAAUCCGAACUCGCACAGCAAGAGGCGGGGAAACAAAAGGCUGACAGGAAGUCCAGAGGAGCGGAUGAAUCCUUUGGCGCAGGGCAGGUCGCUCCUCGCCCACAGACUGAAAUAUCACGGCUCGCCCGGGGCUCGUCACGCCGUACGACGCUCCCGGGGAGUUCGUGACGAGUCGGGGGGCGACACGGAGGGAAAGAGGAAGAGCGGCGGCUGCCGGACCAUCAUUACCUGUGGGUAAAUCCUCUUCCUUCUGAAGGGAACGUAACAAACCUCCUGUAGGUACGGGACAAUCUCAUUUGGAUUAAUGAGAUUUUAAUCCCACAUAUAACAGUCCCCUCCACGGUGACAUUUAAAACUGUCCAUCUUUCUUUGUCUGAAUGUUCUGUACAGCAAAGAGUCACACCUGAAGUGUCAGGUGAGCUUCAGGUCCUCUGUUUCUGUUCUGCCUCUGCUUCCAGGCUGACGAUCUGAUGUGUGGAUUUGAAGGUUUUGGCACUCAGAUGAGUGCAGAAUUUAAGGACCAAAACUGAGGACAGCAGAACUUCAUCCACGUCUUCAGACUUUGUGUUGGACCCCAUUGUUCAUUUGAGAUAAUAUGCUGUCAGCCUUGAAAGUGUCAGGUGCAGUCGGAGGAACCGCGGCCAGAUCCACUUUGUCCGUGUCUCCAACGUGAACCCGCUGAGCCCUGAAACAGUGAAAUCCUUUGGAAUGGAAAAUGGAAUCAGUACAGUUCUAAGUCUUGUGGGAAAAUGUUUUUUUAUGUGUGUGUGUGUGUGUGUGUGUGUGUGUGUGUGUUCCUGUUGGACUCAGCCCGAGCUCUUUACUUUAAGAAGUUUUAUAAUGAAAUGUGGUUCGGAAGGUAAAGCAAAGUAAACCCAGUGGUUAACAUUAAUGUCACCAUCAUAUUGCUUCAAUAAAAACUCCUCAAAAC